GCAAACGUGUCCAGCUCUUGCUUCUUCCUUGAAAGACGCCUGUUUGGAGUAUAACACAUCUGUCUUGUUAUACGGACAGUCCAGUUUCACCAUUUCUGAUGCUUUCCUCUCCACUGCUGUAAGAGAACCAGGAGGCUGAAGGCGAGGGGACGUGAGAUUCCCAUCAGCAGCUCCCGGAGAGCCGCUUUGAGAAAUCAGUAGGGGUGGGUGGGUCAAAACUCCCCCACCCACCCCCCAAAGCAUCCCGUCGGCAAAACCUUUUCCGUUCAACUCCUUCCGCGCCCCUCGUUUGCUGCCUCUUCGGCCCUUGGGGCGGGCCAGCCGUCAGCCCUCGCGGGGCCGGAUCCGUCCCAAGGGCUUUGAGUAUCCGAUCCCUAACGCCAGACCUCGCUCGGGGCAGACGGCAUGGCAACCGGGAGAGGGGAAACGGCCGCCCUUCACCUCCAGUUCCAGGGCACUCCAGAACCAGGGAGACAGCCGGCUCUGAAAAUGGAGGAUCAAGAGGCGGCCGCCCACGAGCUUGCGGGAAGAGGAGGAGUCCCACGUUUCCUUCAGGUCGGCUCCAUGCGGGAGUUUUUGGCCGGGGACGCUUCUCAGCAGGUGAAACAAGAACCGGAUGAAAGGGUGCAGACGCCACAGCCUCAGCAGCCGCAGCAGCAGCAGCAGCACCACCACCACUGGGAGGCCCCGAGGCAGGAAUUCCCGAAGGCGGUGCAGUACCCCCCGUCGGGAUGGAGAAACCCUCCACUGCACAAACCCCUGCAAUGGGACACGAAUUCUUUCCAGGCCUCCUACGAGGCCCCGGCCAACGCCAGCCCGUGGCCUUCGGGAGGAGGCUGGGUAACGCAGGGCCUACCGUGCCUCGGCGGAAACGCGCAGCCCGUCUACAGCGGCCCGGAUCACCGAGAGCGAAGGAACUACGGCAACGUGAAGGAAGAGGCUCUGCACGAGGACACCGUCAGCACGGAGGUCCGUCGCCAGCGGUUCCGGCACCACCGCUACCAGGAGGCCGAGGGCCCCCGGGAGAUUUGCCGGCAGCUGCAGGAGCUCUGCCACCAGUGGCUGAGGCCGGAGCGGCACACCAAGGAGCAGAUCCUGGAGGUGCUGAUCCUGGAGCAGUUCCUGAGCAUCCUGCCCCAGGAAAUUCAGAAUUGGGUCCGGGAACACCGGCCGGAGACCUGCGCCCAGGCGGUGGCCUUGUCGGAGGAUUUCCUGAUGAGGCAGCGAGAGGCCCAGAGAAAAGAGCAGCAGGUGCUGUGGACCUUUGAGGAGGUGGUGGUGAACCCGCCCUUGGCUCAGCAGGUGCCGUAUCCCUCCGUGACGCAACAGGUGCAUUACCCCACGGUGGCCCUGCCGGUGCAGUAUCCGCCCCUGGCCCCGCAGACGCAGUAUCCCGCCAUCGGACAGCAGGCCCCCAAUCCCGUCAUGUCGGACAGAGCACCGCUGGAUCCUGGGAGGACGCUGAUGUGCCGGGAGCCCGUGCCGGAGGGCGGCAGGAGCCUCAGGCCGUAUGGACCCAUCCAAGAGUUCCGGAGGCCCCUCACAAACGCGGAGCGGAUGCGGAACCGGAGGAUGCGGAACCGGAAGCAGCGCCUGGAGACCAGCAUGCAGCUCGUCGAGUCGGCGUCGCGGGCUCCCUCGAUGCUUUUGGACGCCAUGCGGGGGCUGCACCGGCAGGACCUGAAGGCCUUCGACCGGGCCCGGCAAGAGGAAAGGCAGCACCGGAAACAAGAGAGGCGGCAGGACCGGGCCACAGCCCAGCUCAUGGUCACUGCCAUCGAACGCUCCCACAGCGACCUGGGGGAGUUCCUGGGAAGGCAAACCACCACCAUGGCGGCCAUCGCAGCAGUAUUUACCAACCAGAGGUCUCCCCCGCAAGGGGCCUACCCUGGCUAUGGUUCUCACCAAGGGUACAACAACCCGCCUUGGGGCCCACCGGAGCCCGGAACACCCCUGCCACCCAGUCACGUGCCCGGUAUGCCUUCAGAGCCCAUGAGUGGCCCGUUAAUUCCAUGCCCGGUGCCGCCUCUGGCUGCCCCCGGCGGCAUAUGCGACCCAGUCCCUGAACCACCACCUACAGACGGACCUAGAGAAGAUGUUGGUCCAGACGCACCCACGCCUUCAACCUCCGACACCACUUCCUGUACCCUCGACACGAGGCCGAACAGAGGGACGAAACGAAAGUCGUGGGAAUGAUGAACGUUGACUUUCCCUCCACCCUAUCUGUAGUUUUUACUCAAAUUGUGACAUAAAAAUUCUCAACGGGCAAGGUUGCCGUGACCCCCGCCCCUCGUUUUAACAGGAAGGCCCAACUAUCUAUGCAAAAAGGUGUAAGCAAAGUCCCACACCAAUAGCUUGUGAACCAGAGCUUAUAUUGUUACAGUGGCUAAAGAGGUGAAUGUUGAUUCACAAGGCUGUUGUGUAGCUUUGGGAAGUCAUCUCUGCCCACCUGUAAAAUGGGCAUUACUAGCCUACCUCGCAGGGUGGUUGUCAGGGCAAAGCACCAUAAAUGCAUACGCCAUUAAGGCUGUUCUACUUUUCAAGCAAUCAAAGGUGGAGGAGGGAGGCAGCAAGAAAAAGCUCUUCAGAUGAAGCUAUGUCACAUCCCAAGCCCCAUAUAGGCCAGGGUUGAUGAAACUAUUUCUCAACCUUUUUAUUUAUUUCAUUAUAUUUAUUAUAUAUAUAUAUAUUAAAGAAGUAUAUCCCGACUGUCUAUACUAGAUGUCCAAGUCAGCUAACAGCAAUCAGAACCACAACGUUGCAGCAAUAUACAAUAAAAGAACAGAAACAGUAAUGUUGGAUACUGAGAAAAUAAAACCAGCAGCCAGCAAGAAACUUAAAAAGUGAGCAGUGCAGCAGAGGGCAAUCUUGAACAAUCUUUAUUGAGUCUGUCCUCGGAGCUAGUCCACAAGGAACAUCACUUUUAUACCCAUUUUGCAGAAAGGGGAAUGCGGGGUGUGUGUGAGACUGAGAUUUGUUCCAAACCCUUGAUAUUUUAUAAUAAGAAUACUUAUAAUAAGGAGGAUAGAACCAUUGUUGGCUUGUUACCUAUGCAGUGUGGCUUGUUAUCCACCUUGAACAACCCAACAAAAAAACCCCUGGGUUCUUAAAGUGGCUUGUUCAAGGAAAAAUAAGCCAUGUUGCAUGGUUAACAAGUCACCCUGCGGAAAAUGUCCUGGGUUCAGACCAUAUACUAACCCACGGUUCAACAACAACCGCACAGUCAACCACUGAGUGUGGGUUAGUGUCUUUUGUAUGCCGCCCCAUUUUGUUGGAAGCACUGCAGUGUACCAGGGAGCCCCAAAAGCCCACCUCAGCCCCUGCCCUCGGAGCAAAUGGAGAACAGGGACCUUCCAUCUUUGUGCCAUCAAGGAGGAGGUGGAACUCCAGCUUGGGGUUGACUUAGAACUGCAGAAGGAGGGACCUGGAUUGUACCACUCCACAGGGGUGGAGACUGCCUAUUCGAUUGUCCCUCUCAUUUAUAAAGAAAACACCAAACAAAAACCUUCCUUGCACAGGGAAAGCUAGCAUAUCAGGGAGAAAGUAUUUAGCAUAGCACAGCCUUGUAAACAAGCCCACAAAAGUUGUUAUACUGGGGAGCGGGGGUGGGGGUGAGAUGCUAGCCUGCUAAGAAGCUGGCAGCCUGAAUGUCUGGGCUGGCUGUGGGGGAAGCCCCCCCCCACCUCGAAAUGCAGGCCAAGUAAAAAAAGAAAAAGCCGUCUACCAUGCAGGACUGGAGGAAGAGGGAGGGUGCACAUUCAGAUCCUUCUCCACCAGCACUACAUCUCGGUGUUGGGUGUGGAGGAACCAAGCAUGAAACCCAAGCGAUGCAGCAAUCCAAUCCCUCCUCCACCAGCCCACUCCCUCACCUGCGUGGAACAG